AUGGACAUAGCAGAGGCAUUCGAGACAGGCUACGAUGUCUUCCAGGUCAACAUACAAGGCACGCUAGAAGAGCCGCUCUUUUAUGCCCAUCAGAUGAGUGAUAUCGUGAGACUGACCGAUGUCGACGCAAUUGUAGCAAACCUGCCCUCUAAAUGCGUUGUGAGUAGACAUGGACUCACAGAACGGGAAGAGUUGUUGACGGAGAAUGGUGUGCAACUGCUCCUCAUGAAGAGCCAACAUCCAAUCGCAGACGUGUUGAGAGAAUGGGUGUUUGACACCCUCAAGGACAUCAGGCUGAAAGCGAUCGCGAAGAUCCGACAGAAUGAACAAGCACGUGAGAAGGAGUUGCGCACGCUGAGAGAGGACAAUAACAACCUCAAAGAACAAACCUCGAGGCUGGAGAAAGAAACAGAUCGAAAGACAAACUUCUUAUACAACUUCAAAUUGGAGAACGCUCAGUCAGACAGCAAGUGCCGGAUCAAGUUGGGAAAGACCAAAGACACUGCUGGCAGACAAGGCCCAUACCGACAAACAAACCCGUUUGGACGUCUGACAUACUCUGUGGAAGUCCCCGCAGACUGCAUCAACGACGCAGAAAGCGUUCUGCACAGACUGAUGAAGAACACAGGGGGGUUAGUGAAGAGCGAGGUAUAUGAUACGAGCGUCGAGUACGCGAAAACUUUGACAAGAGUUGUGGCAGAUCUUUUUGCUCUCACGAACGGUGGCUCGGACUGUACUGAUGCAAACGCCAAGAUCUUUCAAAAGGUCGUUGGGUUGCUCAACCACGAGAUCCGUGGAGAUGUAGCUCAGACUAGUCACCAACAAUCAGACUCCAGCAAAGUCACGAACCAAACGCUACAAGCCGAGCUUACCGAAAUCAAGGACAUUCUGACAAAGAUGAAAGAAAAGGCAGUGACAACGCCUGUGCUGAAGGACACAGAACCUCCUGAAGCAAACGAUACGACUUUACCGGACAUUCAAGUCGUCUACGACUUCAAUCGCUUCGUCGACGAGUGCUGCGAAGUUGGAACAGACUUUUACGACUUCCCGGCUGAGAUCCACGUACGCUUCAUACUCUGGGCGAGAUUGACCAACCGAGGCCUGAAGGAGGCUCUCAUUCGCUAUUUGAAGACACGUUUCAUGCCUUGCCGCAUCCAGGAUGGCGAAAUGGUUCCUCACGGAUACAAGGGCUUAAGAAUCAUCCCAUACAAAAGAGCCAAGACCAUGGUCCUCUGGGAGAUCGAGAAAUUUGUGCAAGUGACGUGCGUGGAGACGUGCUCCAGCAGACUCUAUGACAGCGAUUUGGAGGCCACGUAUUUCAGAUGGAAGAAAGAAAAGGACCCAGACUACGAGGAAGAUCGUACGGAGCUAAAGGGUAUUCACACCUUUCUGGAUCAACACUACGUACACUGUGCUCUGUGGAAGGCUGACUCAAAGUACACCGAGAAAGGUUACUACGGGAUCUGCUUGAAAGGGAAUGAGGCGACAUACAAGAGGCGUGUUCCUCCAAGUGCUGCGCGUCCUGUUGAGGAAUUAGAGGAAAAGAGUGGACUCGUGAAACGGAAAUGGGACAAGGUGUCAGAUGCGGCGGCGUCCCUCGGAUGGAGCACAGCCAAAGUAGGAUACACAAUAAAGAAGAAGACGAUUAUAAAUGGAUUAGCAUACAAGUCUAGAGAAGACGUGUCCAUGGUGCUCGUCUGA